AUGCGCGAGCGCCAGAUUCGCGAUCCGGACGAAGAUGUCUUCAUUGGCCUUCUCGAGACUUUUAUCAAGAGCGGGCCCAUGUACUUUUCGUACUCCAUCGACCUGACCAACUCCUUUCAACGACAGUCCUUGGCCGACACUUCCCUUCCUCUAUGGCUUCGCGCCGAUGACCGGUUCUUCUUCAACAAGCACCUCCAGUCGCCCCUCAUCGAUUUUCGAACAACAGGCGCGCGAGGCCAGCCCGGUCCCCAACAUGGCGCAGACCCCUUCAUUCUCCCCGUCAUCUUCGGCGUGCUGGAAAUCCGCCCGACCAAGUUCAAGAACUCUCCCCUGACAAUCGUCCUUAUUUCGCGUCGCUCCAGACACCGUGGCGGCACUCGGUACUUCACGAGAGGUCUCGACGAGCAAGGCCAUGCUGCCAACUACAAUGAAACAGAACAGGUCGUUAUCGUCAACGACACGAACAACGGCAUGGGCGGCUUUGCCGGCAGUGCCGACAUGCAGAGUGGCCAGUUUGGUGCCGAAGGCAAGGAGAUGCAGAUCAUGUCGUACGUCCAGACCCGUGGUAGUGUACCGGCUUACUGGGCCGAGAUCAACAGCCUCAAGUACACCCCAAAGAUCCAGGUUCGCGGCAUCGAGACAGCCUUGCGCGCUGCACAGCUUCACUUUGACGAGCAGAUCAAGAUCUAUGGUGACAACUACCUCAUCAACCUGGUCAACAAGACUGGUCGUGAGCGUAACAUCAAGGGCGCUUACGAGAAGGUCGUCGAGCUUCUCGUCUCUUCGCCGAGGGAGAAGACCGAGGGUGACCGGAUCACCGAUGAAAAGUUCACCACCAUUCAGCCCGAGAAGCAAAGGUCCGAGUUUGACCGCCUGCACUAUAUUUACUUCGACUAUCAUCACGAAACGAAGGGCAUGAAGAUGCACCGAGCCUAUGCGCUCAUCGAGAGGCUUAGCGAGGCUCUCGCGAGCCAGGGCUAUUUCCGUGCUGUCGACAUGCCGGGCAAUAACGACGGUGGUCUAGAGGGCCGCUCUUUCCAGACGUCCGUCAUGCGCACCAACUGCAUGGACUGUCUCGAUCGCACCAAUGUCGUCCAGUCUAUGUUUGCUCGUCAUACUCUGGACCGUAUCCUUGAGGACCUUGGCCUCAUGGCCCGCGGCUCUUCUUUCCGUGACGAGGAUCCCGCCUUUGAGGACCUCUUCCGCAACAUGUGGGCCGACAAUGCAGACGUUGUUUCAUGCUCCUACUCCGGCACUGGUGCCAUGAAGACGGACGUCACCCGUACGGGCAAGCGUACCAAGGUUGGUGCGCUCCAGGACGGCCGCAUUGGUGUCACCCGUUACUUCAAGAACAACUUCCUCGACGGGCCCCGCCAGGACUCGUUCGACCUGUUCCUCGGCGUCUACAGCCCCGGGGCUGACCUGGGCGGCUCUGGCCUCAUCUUUGCCGACCGCCGGCCCAUCCUCAUCCAGUCGGUCCCCUACCUCCUCGCCUUCAGCGUGUUCCUCGUCUUUGUCGGCCUCUUUACUCGCACCGAGUCCACCCUCGCCAUCCGUUUCUUCAUCCUCUUCUGGCUCGUCGUGUCCGCCUGGGCCGCUAGCUUCAUCGUCAGCCACGGCAUGCUCUACGUCAACUGGCCCAAGCUCAACCCUAGGCCCUGGGCCAACGAGGGCUACAACGAGCACAUGAACAAGGCGCGCAAGGACUCCAUGAUCGGUACCCUUGUCGCAAAACACGAGCGCGGACUCAGCACGGCGCGGUAUCUCAAUGCCGAGGAGGGCAAGAAGAGGAUCGAGUAG